GGUUGAGCGGCGACGAGCAUUUGGUGGUGUUAAGCAAGACUAUCUCCGCGAGUUAAGAUCAGAGCGGGAAAUUCAAGUUAAGGAAAUUAAGCGAACGAGGUGGGCUUUCCUAUCCUACAUAUAAUUGUGGGCUUUCUAUUUACGGUUGAGCAGUAAUGACGGCGAGCGGUGUUGAGCACAAGUGAUGAAGAACCUUCGAUAGAAUAGUACUUGGAUGCGCCGUGUCUCCAUACACGUUGUCAUCUGAUCUUGACUCUUCCGCUGCAAUGUAAAAGUCGAGAUUUUAUUCUCUUGUAUCAUGCACUCUGAUAUAUUAUUCGAGUUAUUCAGUUCAAGUUCAGUUGUGCCACAGUCUUCCCCUUUCUUCUCGAUUCUUUGAUCCUCCCCUGGUCGCGAUCAACCGGGCUUUCUAUCCUUAGAAAGUGCGGUCGUGACAUAUUCGCCUAUAUAAAGUGAAGAUUUGGGGCUAUUCUUUACAUAUACAUUGGAAAAGACAAUUUAAUAAGAUAAGAUAGAUAAUUGGGAGAUGGGUUUACACGGAAAAUUGGUUGCAGCAAUAGAAUCCAAAGCUGGUGGUGAUGUGGUCCAUGACUUCUUCAGACACACACCACAUGAUGUUCCCACAGCCACCCAAUAUGUGCAUGGCUGUGAUUUGAUUGAGGGUGAAUUUGGCCAUGCUGGUUCAAUCAUUUGCUGGACUUAUACCCAUGAUGGGAAACAGAGGAAAGCAAAAGAGCUAGUAGAGACCGUUGAUGAAGAGAAGAAAUUGAUUGUGUUGAAGGUGCUUGAAGGAGACUUGUUGGAGCUUUACAAGAACUUCGUCAUUACAUUCCAUGUAGAGAAAAAGGGUGAUGAUAUUGAUUUGGUGACGUGGACUUUAGAGUAUGAGAUGCUUAACGAAGAUGUGGAGCAUCCCCUUACAUUGCUCUCCUACUUCAUCGACAUCACCAAAGACAUGGAGUCUCGUCUCGUUGCCAAAUCUUGAAUUGUCCAAACUCUUGAAGGAGGUGUCACUAUCGUGUACUAGUUGCUUCUCAUGUGUAAUAGUUCUAGACUUUGUUGCUAUGACUGUAUGUUUGUGUCUAUGUUCAAUAAUGUGGCGUGACCUUAUU